AUGUAUCCAGACUUUGGAUAUGGCAAUAGUUUGGAUGUGAUUUUAGUGGACUUUGAUGAUGCUGAAGCAAACGGCCUAAAGGAUGUUAUAGGUAAAGAGAAAGCGGAAAAAAUUCUAAGAGGAUGCCAGGUCCACUGGACACGGUCGUGUCAAAGAGUGGCGAAAUUAGUUACGAAAACUAGAGAAGAACAGAAUCUAUUUCUUUAUCUUGGCAACCAGAUCCUGCGUCGAACGAAGAAAGAAAAUGUAAAGAAACUUUUUGACAUCCUUUCAGGUUCAUGUGAUAUAUUGGAAGCCAAUAACUUCGUUGAAGGCUCUCAAAUUGAAUUAUUUGAGUGUACUGACUCGCAAUGCUGGAAAAAACUUAAUAACUGGACGGAAUGGUGGUGUAGACCAAAUCACUUGCAAAUGUUCACGAAAGCGUUCACUAAGCUAGAAGGCAAUGAAUGGGAAAACGCUCCCAGCACAACAAACCCAGUGGAGUCUAUAAACAGGCAGUCCAUACACGAAAAAGGAAGUAGCUUAUAUGCGUUACUCGAAAAUAUUUAUUUAGAGGACAGAACACAUGCCGCCAAAUUAUCAGCCAUUGGUACAAAUGUCACUCUUUCCUAUUCUGGAGGCGAGGAAGCCCGCAGGAAGAAUCGAAAUUCGCGGAAAAGAAAACGUUCCAGUUUGACACUAAAUAAAGAUGACAAUGCACCUCCAGACAAGCGGAAAAACAUAUAUAGUAGUGUUUCGACGAAGCAAAAUGGCAAUAAACGAUCGAACCCACAAGCCACAAAUCUCAAGGGCAGAAAUCUCAUCGGAUCAAAGGUUAAAGUAGAGUAUCAAGAAUUAAGUUCGGUUGGGAAGCAAAUUAACUAUUUGGGAUGGUUUGAAGGCAAAGUUACAGCUUACAACAGGAACAAUUAUUCAAUUUCAUGA